AAAGUUCCGCAUUGGUUUGUGUGAGAUAUAAGUGCAAUUAUAAGUCGAUCCAAACACUAUCAAAGAAGAAACUAUGGCUGCGAGUAUCGUACGUGCCGGAGUUGCGCCUCUCGCUCGCUCCUAUGGCUCACCGCUGGCUACCGUCGCCAUGCGUCUUCAGCACCAGCGUCCAUCGACGGUGCUGGAUAAACAUUUACAGCGUCCAUCUGCUGCCUCCACAACUACCACUAUUGCCAUCGGAGCAAGACACUUUGGAACGAUUUCAUCAUCUUCGUCGUCGCCAUCGUCGAUAUCGUUGCUGCACGGCAAGGCACAGUCUUCUCCAGCGUCUUCCGAAGUUAUCUACCAGAAACGGUCAAUCUGUUCUCUGUCCGGUGUCCUGAACGGUUCCAGCCUACCGAAAGCUUCCAAGAUGUCCGGCAAUGCCAAGCUGCUGCACGAGAACCUCUGGGAGUCGGACCCGGAGCUAAUGAAGCUGAUCCGCAGUGAGAAGAAACGCCAGAUCCACGGGCUGGAAAUGAUUGCCAGUGAAAACUUCACCUCGCUCUCGGUGCUCCAGUGUUUGGGAUCCUGCCUGCACAACAAGUACUCGGAGGGACUGCCCGGACAACGAUACUACGGUGGAAACGAGUUCAUCGACGAGAUCGAGCUGCUGGCCCAGAAGCGUGCCCUCGAGGCGUACGGCCUGAACCCGGAGGAAUGGGGCUGCAACGUACAGCCGUACUCCGGUUCACCGGCCAACUUUGCCGUCUACACGGGGCUGAUCGAACCGCAUGGGCGCAUCAUGGGUCUGGACCUGCCGGACGGUGGCCAUCUGACGCACGGGUUCAUGACCGCCACCAAGAAGAUUUCCGCCACAUCCAUCUUCUUCGAGAGCAUGCCCUACAAGGUCAACCCGGUCACUGGACUGAUCGACUACGACAAGCUCGAGGAGAGCGCCAAGAACUUCAAGCCAAAGAUCAUCAUCGCCGGCAUUUCGUGCUACUCGCGCUGCCUGGACUACAAGCGGUUCCGCCAGAUUGCCGACGCCAACGGAGCGUACCUGUUUGCUGAUAUGGCGCACAUUUCCGGCCUGGUCGCCGCGGGAAUUAUCCCAUCGCCGUUUGAAUAUGCCGAUGUGGUAAGCACAACGACGCACAAAUCGCUCCGAGGUCCCCGCGCCGGUGUGAUCUUCUUCCGCAAGGGAGUGCGCAGCGUGAAACCAAACGGCGACAAAGUGAUGUACGAUCUGGAAGCCAAAAUCAACGGCGCCGUGUUCCCCGGAAUUCAGGGUGGUCCCCAUAACCACGCCAUUGCCGGUAUUGCCACCUGUAUGCUGCAGGCCCGUACGCCCGAGUUCAAAGACUACCAGGUACAAGUCAUCCGCAAUGCCCAGGCACUGUGCAAGGGUUUGAUGAACCGUGGCUACAGCAUCUCAACCGGUGGAACCGAUGUCCAUCUGGUGCUGGUGGAUCUGCGCCCGGCUGGAAUCACCGGAGCCCGAGCGGAGUACGUCCUGGAGGAGAUUUCCAUCGCCUGCAACAAGAAUACCGUACCCGGAGACAAGAGUGCACUGAACCCGUCCGGAAUCCGGUUGGGUACGCCUGCCCUGACGACGCGAGGUCUGGUGGAAUCCGACAUGGACCAGGUGGUGGAUUUCAUCGAUCGGGGACUGAAGCUGUCGAAGGAAAUCGCUGCCGUUUCCGGACCGAAGCUGGUGGAUUUCAAACGUGUGCUGCAUGAGGAUGCGACUCUUAAUGCUAAGGUGCAAACCCUGAAGGAGGAAGUGCAGACAUAUAGUGCCAAGUAUCCCAUGCCAGGGUAUGAGGAUUUUUAAGUAGUGCAGAUGUUUAGAUCUGUUGACUGUGUAUCUGUUCG